UUUGGCGGCCGAGUCGCUGUCCGCUCCCCACCCCCCACUCCGCUGCAGUCCCUCGCGCCUCCCGAUUUCCGCGCACUUUUCCCCCUCCCUGACCCCUCACGGGUCCCCUCCGGGCCUUCUGCCCCUGAUCGCCCGGGCUCGCCGCGCCGUCGCCCGCCGCCGUCGUCGGGAGGAAAGAUGAAUGGGAGGGCUGAUUUUCGAGAGCCAAAUGCAGAAGUUCCAAGACCAAUUCCCCACAUAGGGGCUGAUUACAUUCCGACAGAGGAAGAAAGAAGAGUCUUUGCAGAAUGCAACGAUGAAAGCUUCUGGUUCAGAUCUGUGCCUUUGGCUGCAACAAGUAUGUUGAUUACUCAAGGAUUGAUUAGUAAAGGAAUCCUUUCAAGUCAUCCCAAAUAUGGUUCCAUCCCCAAACUUAUAUUUGCUUGUAUCAUGGGAUACUUUGCUGGAAAGCUUUCUUACGUGAAAACUUGCCAAGAGAAGUUCAAGAAUCUUGAGAAUUCCCCUCUUGGAGAAGCUUUACGAUCAGGACAGGCACGGCGAUCUUCACCACCUGGGCACUAUUCUCAGAAGUCAAAAUAUGACUCAAAUGUGAGUGGUCAUUCAUCUUUUGUGACAUCCCCAGCAGCAGACAACAUAGAAAAGGAGAUGCUUCCUCAUUAUGAGCCAAUUCCAUUCAGUGCUUCUAUGAAUGAAUCUACUCCCACUGGUAUUACUGAUCAUAUUGCCCAAGGACCUGAUCCCAACCCUGAAGAAAGUCCUAAAAGAAAAAAUAUUACAUAUGAGGAAUUAAGGAAUAAGAACAGAGAGUCAUAUGAAGUAACUUUAACACAUAAGACUGACCCCUCAGUCAGGCCUAUGCAGGAAAAAAUGCCAAAAAAAGAAGUCAAAGUAAACAAAUAUGGAGAUACUUGGGAUGAGUGAAAAAUUGCAUCAUUGGACCUACUGAAGGAGUUUCAAUAUCCAACUUCAUCUAGGUGGUCAUGAAUAUCUGCAUGCUUUGAACUCAGCAGCAGUCUUCAUAAACAUUUAAAACUAGAACCUGGGUUUUUGUGGUUUGGCUUAUUAAAAUGAUGUUUUAAAAACACAGAAUUUAAUGUUAAUGUUAGGCGAAUGUAUUCACCUUUGGGAACUAUAUGAAUGAUGGUAUUAUACCAUGAUCGUAUACAGUUUGUGAAAUGUUUUAAGUUACAGGGCAAGGAUACUCUCAUAAAACUAUUGAGAUUGUAGUGCUCUAAAUUCAGCGUAUAUGAAAAAUGAUAUCUGCAUGUUGAAUUGGGGUGGGUGGGGGGAGCAAGCAUAAUUUUAAGUGUUGAGCUUUCCAUCAAAAAAUUAUUAAGCCUUUCUCUAGUGUUUGCUGUACUCUCUUAAUGUUUAUGGUAAAUAAAAUAUAAAGGAACAUGCAUCUUCA